UGUCCACUGUGGAGAAGACCGAGAUGAUCCAGAAGGCCAAGCUGGCCCAGCAGGCCGUGCGCUAUGACGAAAUGGCCACCUGCAUGAAGGUGGUGACCGAGCAGGGGGCCGAGCUCUCCAACGAGGAGCGCAACCUGCUCUCGGUGGCCUACAAGAACGUGGUCGGGGGGCGAAGGUCAGCCUGGAGGGUCAUUUCCAGCAUCGAGCAGAAAACUGACACCACUGACGAGGAGAUGCAGCUGGUCAAGGGCUACCGGGAGAAAGUGGAGUGUGAGCUAAGAUCCAUUUGCACCACUGUCCUGGAAUUGUUGGAUAAGUUUUUAAUAGCUAAUGCGACUAAUCCAGAGAGCAAGGUAUUCUAUCUGAAAAUGAAGGGAGACUACUUCGGGUACCUUGCUGAAGUAGCGUGUGGUGAUGACCGAAAACAAACAAUAGAUAAUUCCCAAGGAGCUUAUCAAGAAGCAUUUGACAUCAGCAAGAAAGAGAUGCAACCUACACAUCCAAUUCGCCUGGGGCCAGCUCUUAACUUUUCUGUAUUUUACUAUGAGAUCCUUAAUAACCCGGAGCUUGUCUGCACGUUGGCUAAAACGGCUUUUGAUGAGGCUAUUGCAGAACUUGAUACACUGAAGGAAGACUCCUACAAAGACAGCACCCUUAUUCCGUUGCUUAGAGACAACCUAACAUUAUGGACAUCAGACAGUGCAGGAGAAGAAUGUGAUGCUGGGGAAGGUGCAGAAAAUUAA